CAGUUAAACCCUCGUUAAAAAACCAAAAAAAAGAAAAAAGAAAAAAAAAAAAAAAAAGCGGUUUUCCCAGUUCUCACAAUACAAAAUCUCUUCCUCUCCGAUUGAACUGGAAAUUCCGAAAUGAAAAACCUGAAGCUGUACUCGGAGCUCUGUUCGAAACUCCAGCUUCAAUCCAACGAAGAAGUCGUUCUCUUCUUUGCACACGAUAUUGAGCGGAGCCGCUUCUUUUUUGCUUCUUCCGCCAAUCUCAUCUACACCAUCCACCUCUCUUCAUUCCAAAAUGAGAGGACGUGGGGAAAAGCUUCAUUGCCGGCAGAGGUUAAUUCUAUUGAUUUGGAGCUUAAUGAUUACAUAACGGCCUUUGAGUAUCACAUGGAGAAAGAAGCGCUGAUAGUGGGGACUUGUAGUGGGCUUUUGUUGCAGCAUAGUGUGGAUGACAAUGGAACUGAAGUGGUUGGUAGAGUGGAGGGUGGGGUCAGGUGCAUCUCACCCAGUCCUGAUGGAGAUUUGCUCGCUGUAACGACGGGUCUUGGGCAGGCACUGGUUAUGACAAACGAUUGGGAUUUGCUAUACGAGACCACGGUAGAGGAAUUACGUGAAGGUGUUGACGUAACUGAACCCACUCUUUCUUCUACGAAUGAGAGUCCCAUAUCUUGGCGAGGUGAUGGGAAGUACUUUGCUACGCUAAGUGAGGUGUGUGAUUCUACUAGCUUGCUUAAGAGGAUUAAGAUAUGGGAACGGGAUUCUGGGGCGUUGCAUGCUACUUCAGAAUCAAAGGCAUUUAUGGGAUCAGUUAUAGAAUGGAUGCCAAGUGGAGCGAAAAUUGCAGCUGUUUAUGAUAGGAAAGCAGCUAAUGAGUGUCCCUCAAUAGUUUUCUUUGAGAGGAAUGGGUUAGAAAGAAUCUCUUUUGGCAUCAAUGAGAAAAUCGAUGCAACAAUAGAAAUGCUGAGGUGGAAUUGCACUUCAGAUCUUCUUGCAGCCAUUGUCAGAUGUGAAAAACAUGACUCUGUGAAGAUCUGGUUUUUCAGCAAUAAUCAUUGGUACUUAAAGUUUGAAAUUAGGUACUUAAGGCAGGAUGGAGUGAGGUUCAUGUGGGACCCAGCAAAACCGUUGCAGUUGAUUUGUUGGACUCUUGGUGGCCAUAUCACAAUUUACAACUUCAUCUGGAAUACAGCUGUCAUGGAGAACUCAUUGGCAUUAGUUAUUGAUGACUCUGAGAUACAUGUGACUCCCCUUUCUGUGUCGCUUAUGCCGCCUCCUAUGUAUCUAUUCAAUCUGAAAUUUCCAAGUGCUGUCCGAGACAUAUCUUUAUAUUCUAAGAAUUCCAAGAACCGUUUAGCUGCUUUUUUAUCAGAUGGUUCUUUGUGUGUUGUAGGGCUUCCUGCACCUGAUGCUUGGGAAGAACUAGAAGGCAAGCAAUUUGUCAUUGAAGCUUCCAUUUCUGAAUCAGUUUUUGGAUCUUUUGUUCAUCUCUUAUGGUUGGAUUCACAUAUACUACUUGCUGUUUCACAUUAUGGGUUUAAUCAUUACUUGUCCAGUACCUCAUCAAAUGAGGGUGAGCUUCUUGGCUAUUAUUUGCAGGAAAUUGAGCUUGUAUGUUCUGAGGAUCAUGUUCCAGGCUUACUGACAUGCUCAGGCUGGCAUGCAAAAAUUUCCUAUCAAAACUCUCUAGAAGGACUGAUUAUUGGCACUGCUUCCAACCCAACCAAACUAUGUUCAGCGUUUAUUCAGUUUGAUGGUGGAAAAAUAUUCGAGUAUACAACCAGGAUGGGAGCUUUGAAACAUGAUGAUAUGAGUUUCUCAUCAUCUUGCCCUUGGAUGAAUGUGGUUUCAGUUGGUGACAAUGGAUUGUUGAAGCUUUUGCCUUUUGGACUUGAUGACAUCGGCAGGUUGCAUGUUGGUGGGAGGAUAUUAUGCAACAAUUGCAACAGUUUCUCGUCUUACUCUAAUUUGGCUGAUCAAGUGAUCACACAUUUAAUUCUUUCAACUAAACAGGACUUGCUCUAUAUUGUUGAAAUUAGUGAUAUAUUGCAUGGAGAAUUAGACCCGAAAUAUGAGAACUUCAUCCACACUCCUAAUAGGAGAAGAGAAGAAAAUAAAAACUUCAUAAAUAUAUGGGAAAGAGGUGCCAAAAUUGUUGGUGUCCUGCAUGGAGAUGAAGCUGCUGUCAUAUUACAAACAACUCGGGGAAACCUUGAAUGCAUUUAUCCCAGAAAAUUGGUCUUGGCCUCAAUCAUCAAUGCAUUGGUCCAAGGGCGCUUCAGAGAUGCAUUACUCAUGGUGAGACGGCAUAGGAUAGAUUUCAACAUCAUCGUUGACCAUUGUGGUUGGCAAGCAUUUCUCCAAUCAGCUGCAGAGUUUGUCAGGCAGGUUAGCAAUUUGAACUACAUAACUGAGUUUGUUUGUGCCAUAAAGAAUGAGAAUAUCACAGAGCGACUGUACAAAGAUUUGGUAUCUUUACCCUGCUCAAAGGAUGCUAAAGAUGCGCAAGCUAGAGAUUCAAUGGGUCUUGGUGAUAAUAACAAGGUUUCUUCUGUCCUUCUGGCUAUAAGGAAGGCUCUUGAGGAAAAACUACCAGAAAGCCCUGCAAGGGAGCUUUGCAUCUUGACCACUCUUGCUCGUAAUGAUCCCCCAGCACUUGAAGAAGCUUUGGAGAGAAUAAAAGUUACCCGUGAAAUGGAAUUAUCAGGUUCUAAUGACCCUAGGAGAAUGUCUUACCCUUCUGCUGAGGAGGCUCUGAAGCAUCUCUUGUGGUUAUCUGAUUCUGAGGCUGUAUUUGAGGCUGCUUUAGGCCUUUAUGAUUUGAACCUUGCAGCUAUUGUGGCAUUGAACUCUCAGCGGGAUCCUAAAGAAUUUCUUCCUUUCCUUCAAGAGUUGGAACAAAUGCCAGCUGUCUUAAUGCGCUACAAUAUUGACCUUAGGCUGCUCAGGUUUAGGAAUGCUCUUAAACACAUUGUUUCUGCAGGUGAUGCUCAUUAUGAAGAUUGUAUGAACCUUAUGAAGAAAAAUCCUCAGCUUUUCCCACUGGGACUUCAGCUUAUCACUGAUCCUCCGAAGAGGAAGCAAAUCCUUGAGGCCUGGGGAGAUCAUCUUAAUGAUGAAAAAUGUUUUGAGGAUGCAGCUACAACUUAUUUGUGUUGUUCAAGUUUGGAAAAGGCGUUGAAGUCAUAUCGUGCUUGUGGUAAUUGGAGUGGAGUGUUUACAGUUGCUGGGCUCCUUAAGAUGGGAAAAGAUGAGAUAAUGCAACUGGCUCAUGAGCUUUGUGAAGAACUUCAAGCUCUUGGUAAACCAGGGGAGGCUGCCAGAAUUGCUCUGGAGUACUGUGAAGAUGUUAAUGGGGGGCUGAAUUUGUUGAUUAGUGCAAGGGAGUGGGAGGAGGCCUUGAGGGUUGCAUUUAUGCAGAGGAGAGAGGAUUUGAUCUCAGAAGUGAAGAAUGCAUCUUUGGAAUGUGCAAGUAUGUUGAUAGAUGAAUACAAGGAAGGCUUGGAGAAAGUAGGGAAGUAUCUGACCCGCUACUUAGCUGUUCGACAGAGAAGAUUACUUCUUGCUGCAAAGAUCCAGUCAGAGGAACGGUCAAUGAGUGAUCUCGAUGAUGAUGCAACUUCAGAGGCUAGCAGUAAUUUCAGUGGAAUGAGUGCUUACACUACAGGGACCAGGAAGAGCACUGCAUCUUCCAUCAUCUCAAGCGCAGCUAGCAAGGCCAGAGACACCAGACGCCAGAGAAAAAGAGGAAAAAUUCGUCCUGGAAGCGCUGAUGAGGAGUUUGCUCUGGUAGAGCAUUUAAAGGGCAUGUGUCUAACAGCUGGGGCAAAGAUUGAGCUUAAAUCUUUACUGGUUUCCCUCGUGAUGCUCAGUGAGGAAGAAACUGCGAGGAAGCUGCAAUGUGCAGGAGAGAACUUUCAACUGUCUCAAAUGGCAGCGGUUAAACUAGCUGAAGAUACAAUGUCCACUGAUAUCAUAAACGAGCAUGCACAUACAAUGGAGCGCUACAUAAAAAAGUUGACAAAUGAAGUGAAAGAUUCGGAGGCUUUCAAUUGGCGGUCUAAAAUAUUUCUUUCUCCUUAAUAGGUCUGUUUAGUAGGUUUUACCUGAUAAUUUUUCUGAAUUUAACUUAGACGUGCGUUCUGCAUUUCACUGUAUUCGUCAAAAUUUUGAGUCUGGCCCUAAUCUAAUUAUCACAAGAUCCAAUUUUUCUCUUCCAAAA